ACCGCCCGCUUCUACCGGACUCAUUCUGCCCGGGCUCUGUGAGGCUCUGCCCGGCUCUGUGAGGCUCUGCCCCGGGCUGUGUCUGCAGCUGCGGCUGGGAGCAGGAGGAGCAGCAGGCGGAGGAGCAAGUAUUUGUGUAGAUGAAACUCCGAGCAGCCUUCUGGAGGCACGUGUCAUCACUAUUUAUCCUGCGCCACAGCCCAGUGCAUCAUGGGAUCUGAAGUUCUCUCCAUUCUCCUCCUCUCCCUGGUCAUAGCAUCAGUGUGUGCUGAAAUGAGUGGGACCAGCCAAGGUGGCGCUGUGCUGUGCCCUCUGCAGUGUGUAUGCGAGACGCGACCGUGGUACACCCCACAGUCUGUGCAUCACCAGGCCAGGACAGUCGACUGCAAUGAACUCCAUCUGCAGAGAAUACCAGCCAACAUCUCUGCUGAUACGCAGGUGCUGCUGCUGCAGAGUAACAACAUCUCCUCUAUAACUUCUGAACUGCAGAGUCUGACCAACCUGACAGAGCUCGACCUGUCUCAGAACCACUUCACACAGGUGAGCUCCAUGGGCCUGUCCUCUCUUGGCCGCCUGGUGACUCUAUACCUGGAAGAGAACCACAUUGAGGAGCUGGAGGACUUCUGUCUGAGGAACCUCUCCAGUCUGGAAGAGCUCUACAUCAACCAUAACCACAUCUCUUCUAUUGGACCCAAAGCCUUUGCCGGCCUCACCAACUUGCUGCGGCUCCACCUGAAUUCCAACCGUCUGGUGGCUAUCGACAGUCGCUGGUUCGAGUCUCUGCCAUCCCUGGAGAUUCUGAUGAUUGGGGAAAACCCCAUCCUGGGUCUUGAGGAGAAGAACUUCUUGCCUCUGUCCCGCCUCCACAGCCUGGUCCUGGCAGGAAUGGGACUGGCCUCUGUUCCCUCUGCUGCUUUCUUGGGCCUGGACUACCUGGAGAGCCUCUCUUUCUACGACAACCGGCUCAGGUCUGUUCCUCGCGAUGCUCUGAGCGUGCUCCCAAACCUGAAGUUCCUAGACCUGAACAGGAACCCGAUUGGCCGAGUCCAGCAGGGAGAUUUCCAGAACCUUGAGCACCUGGAGGAACUCAGUCUGAACAACAUGGAGGACCUGCUGAUGGUGGAGCGAGCAGCUUUUCAAAACCUUCCAGAACUUGCCAAGUUGGAGCUCUGCAACAACCCACGCCUCUCUUACAUGGACCCACAGGCCUUCAGUAACCUGCCCUCCCUCCGGACUCUCCUCCUCCAUAAUAACCAGCUCAGCCUCCUCUCUGGAGACCUCCUCUCCUCCCUCCGUUCUCUUGAGGAGGUUUCUCUUCACUCGAACCCUCUUCGGUGCGACUGCCUCUCCUCAUGGGGGCCUCACCUUGGCAACCAAUCACACCUCAAGCUGCUGGAUUCCUCCAUUACCAUCUGCUCCUCCCCGCCUCACCUGAUCGGUCAGGAGCUGCGGGAGGUGGUGGCGGUUGGAUGGGGCGGAGGCGGUACCAACAGCUGUCUGCCUCACAUCAUUCCUCACGCCUUCCCCCCGACCAUAAACGUCAGCACAGGGCAGCCAAUUACGCUGGAGUGCUGGGCAGACGCUGACCCCGCCCCACAGUUCUAUUGGGUGACACCAAAUGGUGACAAGGUGAGCUCAGAGGCGGUGGCUUCACCAAUCAUAUCAGAGGAGGGGCGUGGCCUGAGCAGGAGGAAGAAGAAGCAUCGGAUGUCAGAUCCUGGUGCGCUGGUGAUCGAACACGCAGAGCCAUCAGACGCAGGUGUGUACACCUGUGUGGCUUGGAACAUCGAAGGAGCAGACACCAAGAGUGUCGUGGUGUUCGUAGACUCUCAGGGAUAUGCCGGCUCUUGGUCUGGUGGGGGGAAUGACCCCAGCAGAGAGAGGACCCGGUUGGGGAACUCAUCCAGUGGUGCAGGGUCUCUGGUGGUGCUCGCUAAGGUGGUUCACGCCCAGUCUGUGGUGUUGGAGUGGAAGUUAUAUCCCAGCGGAGGAGCUUCAGCUGUGGGUUCAAACCAUCAUGACAUCCCCGUCCCUCUUCCCCGGUGGACCAGUGCAACCGUGCACAUUGACAACCCUCAGAUCAGCUACACAGCCAAGGUUCCAGUUGACGUGCAGGAGUACAACCUGACUCAUCUCCUUCCUGCCACUGAGUACCACGUCUGCCUUACUGUCUCCUCCCCCUCUGGUCCCAUCCACACCUCCUGUCUGAACAUCACCACUAAAGAGGCGGGUUUCUCGGUGGAGCUGGUGGCUUCGCGCCGCAGCAGUGUGGCACUGGCGGCCGUCAUGGGCUCCAUGUUCGCUUUGUCAAUCAUGGCGCUGCUGGUGGUGUACAUGGGCCGGCGCGUGCAGCAGCACAAGUCCUGCGGCCACUCGCUGAAGAAGUACAUGCAGCACGCCACAUCCAUCCCUCUGAAUGAGCUUUACCCGCCGCUCAUCACGCUGUGGGAGAGCGAGACCGAGAAGGACAAAGACGACAAGGAGGAGGAGGAAGACAGGGAGGGGGGAGCGAGGGGUGAGGAGGCAGGGGGGAGUCAGAUCGACACCACAAAGACGUACAUGUGGUAGCUGAAGGAGGGUGGAGGGGGAGGUUGACAGACACUCGGGGGGCAAGAGGACCACAGGAGUGACACUGUAUGGAUGAAAAGGGUCAUGUGACUCAGUGAGGAGCCUGACAGUCAGGUCAGGUGUGUGAACUGAUUAAAGCAGCAGGACACCCAUCUCAGCUUUCUUAAGGGACUUUUUUUCAUGCUUCAGUCCAUCUAUUCCAAAGCAGCACACUCCCACUAAUCACCUCCCAUCCUCAGCCGUCAAUCUGAUCGAUUUCCUUUCUUCCAGGUCAGCACUUGCAACCCAGGUAGAAUCAGCUGUAUAGGUGCCUUUAAAUCAGUUCAUUUAUGCAGUUUAAAUUGAGUUUUCUCUAAUCAUCAAGCGACAAAACCUAAGUUAUGAAAAACUGCAGUUCCUCUAGUGGCCACUUGAGACCGGCUCCACCGGUGAGUCCGUCCCCAUAGACUCCCAUGUUAAAAUGUCUACUUUUACAGCAGAAAUAAACAUGUUUACUGCCUGCCACAAAAAACGGUUUUGGCCUCUAUGGAUAGUUUCCCCUUCAAUACAACCAUGCAGAGGUUCUUAUUUUUAAAAACUCCUUCAUCUGGAUGCUUUUAAGGCCUUAAAAUUAGGGUCAUGACUGCUUUGACAAGUGUCCUAAUACAGAAGCUGGAGCCACUUGGUGUCUAUUAAUCUAAACACUUUCAAAACCAAAGGAAAAAAAAAUGUGGAUUCCAAUUUUAAUCACAAAUUUACUUUAUGUGGCAUAAAAAAUUACCGUCUGCAUUUUUUUUCUCUCAAAUCUGCUUUUUAAAUAAUGAUAAAAGUCAUCCAGUGACCUUGACAUGUGUAAUGAUCACUAGAACCAGUCAGGAGCCCAGCAACAGUUAACUGCAGUCGUUCAGCCCAGAGGUAAUUAAAUAAUGAGUGACCUUUUCGAUUAAAGGAAUGAUCUGAAUACCAGAACCAAAAUGAUAUGAAAUGCUAUCGAGUGCACUUCAGGCAGGCUGAAUGAUUUAAGUUUUAUAUUUUAUUGAGUUUGAAGAAUCUUAGCAUUACACUGUUUUUAAUAUCAGCCAGGACUCUGAGAGAGUGGGGAGAAAAAACUCCUUUAAACAGGAAGAAACCUCUGACAGGAUUAGGGAUGCACACUUCGACUGGCUGUGCGUGCUGGGAUCUGUGCGAGGAUAAAAGUGGACGUCUGGUUUGUGUUGCGUGGGCUGAAGCAUGAAAAGACGAUGAAAGUUUCCGUUUUUGGGGGGGUCUCUUUUCUCAAAGCAUCCUUCUUCUUCUGUCAAACCGGAGCAGCUGAACAGUCUGUGAGACAGAUUUAACACAGACACAUGGAAGGAAGUUGCUGGAUUUGUUUUUCCUCAGAUCAGCUUCUCAAACGAUGGGUUGGGGUCCUGUUGUUGGGCCGGCAGCUGGUUUAAACUGGGCAUUUCUUCUGAGGAGAGCCCAGUGAGUCCGGAUGGUUUCACCUCUGCCCCCUCCCUUCUUUCUCUCCCUG